CAAACAACAAAACACUGCAAAAGAGUUUAGCUCUGAAAAUAUUCAUAGAAAGUCGCAAAACAACAAAAAAUUAAAUGUGUGGCAAUAGUUUAUUUGAUUCGAUUUAAAACGUAGCAUACAAAUUAAAAAGUGCGUCGAAGAAUAUCUCGGCCUCCGCCAAAACCGACAGGAACAGCAAAAGACUGAUUUGGGGUCGAGUAAGCCUCUGGGAUUGUGCGUGACUGUUACUAUUGCUGCCAAGGCAGAUUACGAGGUGACAAAUGGCCGGGUCUGCGCUGAGAAGGCUUAUGGCGGAAUACAAACAGUUGACUCUGGACCCGCCGGAGGGCAUCGUUGCUGGGCCUGUAAGUGAGGAGAACUUUUUCGUAUGGGAAGCGCUGAUAGCCGGACCAGAGGGAACGUGUUUCGAAGGUGGCGUGUUUCCAGCUCGUCUUAUAUUUCCGCCUGACUAUCCGCUAAGCCCACCUAAAAUGAAAUUUACCUGUGACAUGUUUCACCCCAAUAUUUUUGCUGAUGGCCGUGUUUGCAUAUCAAUAUUACAUGCGCCUGGCGAUGAUCCCAUGGGCUACGAAUUAUCUGCUGAACGUUGGAGCCCCGUGCAAAGCGUGGAAAAGAUUCUACUUAGUGUAGUUUCAAUGUUGGCUGAACCAAAUGCUGAGUCCGGCGCUAAUGUGGAUGCAGCUAUUAUGUGGCGUGAACGGCGCGACGAGUUUAAUGCAAUCGCUAAACGUUUAGUACGUAAGACGCUCGGUAUACCAUCAUAAAACGUAGGAGGAUUCUGUGAACAGUGUUCCGCUACCUCCACAAUAAAAAACAAAUAAUCAAUCAAUAAAGCACAACGCAACGGAUGUAGUGUUACAUGCAGUAGCCCGACGUCUAAAAACAUACACACGCAACAAAACCAGUUAACAUCAAGCAAAAAUUUAACGAAGCAACAACAAAAUGCAUGGCGCCCAGGAAUGGACGCCAAACGUCUGCAAUUGUUGGAAGUCUUGAAACAUAUAAAUACUUAUAUUAUUCCCACGUGUUGGUUUCUGGAACUCAGUUUUAUAUGCUUUUUUAAUCUCUGACUAACUAUAAAUCGAACAAACCUGCAAAUGCACCUCUAAAAUUCCCUUUUUGCACUUUAACCUUAUUGUAUUUUUAUCUCAGUUGCAUUUUGUAAACGCCAGAGAAUUGCUACUAUUUUACAUGCUAAAUGCAUGUAUUAAUGCAAUAGUAAAAAUAAUAUUCAUAUACCGCAAUAGAAACAUCUGAAUUAUUUAUAAAGUAAAAUAUAUAAAUGUUUAGAUUUAAUGGAAUAAAACAAAAGGUAAAACAAAACGUAAACAAAAUUCAUAGCAAAUAUGCCAAAAGAAAUUUAGUUUUGCUUGACGAUGUCCAUAAAAUGAUCGCUCUUUGUUCAACAAGCCAUUCUUAUGGGCUGUACUGUAGAUAUUAAUAACACUUCCCCCUCUAGUUACUUAUUUUAAAUUUUCUAGAUGAAAUAAAAAUUUGUCCUAGUUUUUGGCAUUAUAGAGAAUUAUUGUUAAAAUUAAACGCAAGAAAAAAGUUUGUUUAUGUAUUUAAAAAAAGAUAUAAAUGUAUAAAAAAUUAUUUUUGAAUAUUUUAUUUUUUAACUACAAUUUUAAAGUAUAGUAAAUACAAAUUCGUAAAGAGUCAAGCAUAAACAUUAUCAAAAUCUGUGAGUACGAACUAAAAUAUAAUAUAUGCGAUGUAUAUAUUUAAUAA